UUACUUCAUACAAGACAUAUUAUCUAACAAACAACCACGUUCAAUUAUCCGGUUCCAGUUUGCCUUGCAGUAGGUACCUAUAAGUUUUAUGUGUUUUGGUUCGACACGCCGACGCGAGUGACGCUUCUUCGGACCUCGUAAUUACAAAAAUAUAAAUAAAAAAAUACUUAAAACAAAAUAUUCCUAAAAGUGAUUAUUUUCAUUAAUAUUAUCUACUAAGUAUUAAAAUAAUUUUAAUUUAUAUUUGUGGACUUUUGCUAAAAUGGAUACAUUAAAGUGGCUAUCAGAUUUGUUUUGGGAUGAGCGCUGGUGGCUGCCUCGUGGCGCGAAGUGGGCUGAUGUGACCAAUGGACCGGACAAAACUGUGUUACAUCCUGAUGUGUCAGAUUUUUACUAUGUUAUACCUUUGACGAUCGGCUUACUCGUCCUAAGAUAUGUAUUGAACAUAUACUGUUUUAUACCCCUCGGCCUAGCUCUAGGCAUUCGUAACAAGAAGAAGAAAAAUCUACAACACAUACCUGUAUUGGAGGCCGCUUAUAGGAAAAAUGCCCUUAUCAAAGAUACUACUGCUCUUGCCAAGCAGUUGGACAUGUCAGAACGGCAAGUGGAGCGAUGGUGGCGCCUCCGCCGUAACCAGGACAAAACAUCGAGCCUCACCAAAUUCUGUGAACAUGCUUGGAAGACUUUCUACCUCUUCUUUAGCACACCCACAGUUUACUACAUAGUGUGGGACAAAGAUUGGUUUUGGGACCUCGAUAAGUGUUACACUAAUUAUGGAAAGCAUGAGCUUACAAUGGACAUUUAUUGGUUCUACUUGACGACAAUGUCGUACAUGAUUGCUUUGUCGAUCACCUUCUUCCACGACGUGAAACGCAAGGACUUCUGGGGAAUGUUAGCUCAUCACGUAGUAACAAUCUUGUUGCUGUGCAUCAGCUGGAUUAUAAGUGCUUUCAGGAUCGGGAUCGUAGUCAUAGUGUUAUUGGACCUCACUGAAACUUGGCUUGAGUUCGUGAAAGCCUUAAAGAGAGCGAAUUUCGAGAGACUGGCGACAUCUCUGUUUGUGGCAUUCGUGCCUGCGUGGUUCUAUACAAGGAUGUAUUUGUUCCCGCUGUACUUGUAUAGCACCUCAAUCCGUUCAAUGGUCUUUUGGGGACAUGUCUUCGCUUUAUACAUAGUGAAUGCAAUGCUUUUCGUCUUAUUCUUCCUAUGUGUGUACUGGAGCGUUCUGAUAGUCAAAGUGGUAUUUGAUACUAUGAGAUCUGGGGUCCCCCGAGAUGUAAGAAGUUCCAGUUCAGAAGUUUCCGAAGCUGAAGUCGACAAACUGCUACUACAAACAAUAGAUAAAAAGAAUGCCUUGAACAAGUCGUUAUAAAACAUUAUUUUUAAUUAAUUUUAAUUAAUUGUUUGUGCCUACUUAAGUAACUUAAAUAAAUGGUAAUGAAAAGAUAAUGAGAGAAAUUAUGAAUGGAAUGGAUAAGAACUGUUUGUUUUUCUUUUAUUAAAAUUAAGAUACAGAUAAUAUAUAUUUAGGUAUAAGUCGGUAAGGUGUAAAGUUAUUUCUUUAAAGUAUUAUAUACAACGAAUUUAGUCUUAGGUAUAUUUUUAAUGAAUUUAGUAUUAUUCCAUUAAUUAAAAUAAAAUAUCCGUGUUAUAAUUAUUUCGUUUUAUUAACCAUUGAUCUUUACAGAUCUUUUUAUAUACAUUUUAGAUGUGAGAACGCCUACUUAUUAAUAUAAGCAACUCCAGCAUAUACAUUUUUGCUUUUAGUUUUCUUAGUUGUAGGUACUCUGUCCACUGUGUUACCUGUUACCUAUUAACGAGCUAUUCGAACUGAUAUUAAUAAAUAAAUAUAACUAAACAAA